UCUGACUUUUCUCUUCCGUUAUCGAACGCCGCCGUGACUCUUUCAAAGUCACUCAUCUUUUCCGACUCCGAUCACCCUCGCUCAAUUUUAUCUCUAAACUCAAAAGUUUCUCUGUAAAUCGCAAAACGAUUUUGAUUAGAAACGAAAUCUGUUAUGAUGUUAACUUUAGUUAAGGAGGAACAAAAUGGAACCGUCUCGUCGAUUCGAUCGCGGUGAUUCACAAACCCUAAUUUCGGGGUUUUAGGGGUUUUUUUCUCCGAGAAAGAGAGCAUCGUUGAAAAUGAAGAAGAAACAAGAGGAGAGUUCGUUGGAGAAGCUUAGCACUUGGUAUCAGGACGGAGAGCAAGAAGGUGAGAAGAGAAGAUUGAGUAUAAAAACAUCGGAGCUCGAAAAUUCUCGAAGUGGCGGUAAAAUCAAGGAGGAGAAAUCUCUAGAUGAGUUUCCAGGUCGCGAUUCCAAGAGUUCGGAGAAGAGGGAAAGUGGCGGUCGAGAUCGAGCUCAUGGGUCUUCUUCUGAUCCGAGUAAAAGGAAGAGAUGGGAUGAAACUGCUAGUGCUAACGAUGGUGAGAGAGGAGAUCACAGCAAAAGCGGUAAGGUUUCUGAGUCUAGGCAUGACAUUGCCGGAGAGAAAGCUUCUGUUAGUAACGAAUGUGGUGAUGGUCGAAAGUCCGAGAGAAGUUUGAAGUCAAGCAGCAGAGAGGAGAAAGGUAAGAGUAGAGGAAGGUCAGAUGCUUCCAUUAAAGAAGAUGAGAGAGGUAGUGGCAAGGAUGGUUCUGAGACAGUGAGAGAAGUGGGUCGAUCUAACAGGUCUAAGACGCCAGACAGGAGUGGAAGGCGUCAUCAAGAAUCAGAACAGUCGGAGGCAGACUAUGAAAAGGAGAAGUAUAGCAGAAAAGAUGAAAGAUCUAGAGGAAGAGAUGAUGGCUGGUCUGAUAGGGAAAGGGAUCAAGAAGGUUUUAAAGAUAAUUGGAAGAGAAGACAUUCUAGUAGUAAUGACAAAGAUCAGAAAGAUGGGGACUUGCUUUAUGAUCGUGGCAGGGAACGUGAUUUCCCGAGGCAAGGACGUGAAAGGAGUGAAGGGGAGAGGUCACAUGGUCGUUCAGGUGGCAGGAAAGAUGGGAACAGGGGUGAGGCAGUUAAAGCGUUAUCAAGUGGUGGUGUUUCGAAUGAGAAUUAUGAUGUGAUUGAGAUACAGACCAAACCGCUUGAUUCAGGAAUGAACAUUGCUCGUACUACUGAAUCGGGUCAGCAACCUCCUAAGAAGCCUGACGAUGAUUGGGGUUACAACCAGGAAGGUAGACAGAGAAGUGAAACUUUUGGUUUUGGAUCUUAUGGGGAGGAUUCGAGAGAUGAAGCUGGUGAAGCCAGCUCUGAUUACGCAGGAGCUAAAGCAAGAAACCAGAGAGGUGCAACACCUGGUCGAACUAAUUCUCUUCAAACGUAUAAUCGAGGUCCGCAGACUCCACAAGGCAUGAAAGGAAACAGACCCACAAGGGGCGGAAAAGGAAGACCUGGUGGUGGUGGCAGAGAAAAUCAACAAGGUGCCAUUCAAUUACCUAUCAUGGGGUCACCAUUUGCGAACCUUGGAAUGCCACCACCAAGUCCCAUCCAGUCUCUUACUCCUGGCAUGUCGCCGAUUCCGGGCCCUCCUGUUGCUCCUGUUUUCAUGCCUCCGUUUGCUCCAACUCUUGUCUGGCCUGGGGCAAGAGGAGUUGAUGGUAAUAUGUUACCUGUUCCUCCUGUUCUCUCGCCGCUUCCUCCUGGACCAUCAGGCCCAAGAUUUUCUUCAAUUGGGACUCCGCCAAAUCCGAAUAUGUUCUUUAAUCCACCAGGUUCUGAAAGAGGAGGUCCUCCUAACUUCUCUGGGUCUGCAUUCAAUGUCUCUGGACCAUUGGGACGUGGAAUGCCAUCUGAUAAAAACUCAGGGGGAUGGGUUCCUCCUCGAGGUGGUGGACCUCCUGGGAAAGCUCCAUCUAGGGGAGAGCAAAAUGACUAUUCCCAGAAUUUUGUGGAUACUGGAAUGCGGCCACAGAAUUUCAUCCGAGAGCUGGAGCUUACCAAUGUAGAAGACUAUCCCAAGCUUAGGGAGCUCAUACAGAAAAAAGAUGAGAUUGUAUCUAAUUCUGCUUCUGCACCGAUGUACUUAAAAGGCGACUUGCAUGAGGUUGAGUUAUCUCCCGAGUUAUUUGGAACAAAGUUUGAUGUUAUUCUUGUUGACCCACCGUGGGAGGAAUAUGUCCAUAGAGCUCCUGGUGUUUCUGAUAGUAUGGAGUAUUGGACAUUUGAGGACAUCAUCAAUCUUAAGAUUGAGGCAAUAGCUGACACUCCCUCCUUUAUCUUUCUCUGGGUUGGUGAUGGUGUUGGGCUAGAGCAAGGCCGCCAAUGCCUGAAAAAGUGGGGUUUCAGAAGAUGCGAGGACAUUUGCUGGGUGAAGACCAACAAAAGUAAUGCAGCACCAACAUUGCGACAUGAUUCUCGCACUGUGUUUCAGCGCUCUAAGGAGCAUUGCUUGAUGGGGAUAAAGGGUACUGUUAGACGUAGCACUGAUGGACAUAUAAUCCAUGCUAACAUCGACACUGACGUAAUUAUUGCUGAAGAGCCUCCUUAUGGUUCAACUCAGAAGCCGGAAGAUAUGUAUAGGAUAAUAGAGCAUUUUGCUCUUGGUCGCCGGAGACUUGAACUUUUCGGUGAAGAUCACAAUAUUCGAGCCGGCUGGCUUACUGUUGGAAAAGGUCUUUCUUCCUCAAACUUCGAAUCACAGGCUUAUGUGAGGAACUUUGCUGACAAGGAGGGUAAAGUGUGGCAAGGAGGAGGUGGAAGGAAUCCGCCUCCAGACGCACCGCAUCUCGUUGUGACUACUCCUGAUAUUGAAUCGCUGCGGCCCAAAUCACCAAUGAAGAAUCAGCAACAACAAUCAUAUCCACCAUCUCUUGCAGCCUCUGCAAAUUCCUCGAACCGAAGACCCACAGGAAACUCACCACAGGCAAAUCCUAAUGUUGUUGUCUUACAUCAAGAGGCUUCUGGUUCUAACUUUUCUGUUCCUGCCCCACAUUGGGUAGCAACACCUUGAUGAGGACACAUAAUCAAACGGAAGGUUUUAGAGACUCAGGAUCAAUGAGAGGGUUAGAGAUGUUAUGAAGAUAAUGCCCCCAUGUGAAGACUUGCCAUAAUUUGGUGAAUUCUCAUCUAGGCCAAAUCGUAAAGAGCAACGACUCCUCAUUUGAUUAUCACUUAUUGAUUUCCUUCCUGUUUAAUUAUUUCUUUAAAUUCUUCUUCCUCUUUAGUCUUUACGAGUCCUAUUUUCCAUUUAUAGAUUAUGCACGUUGGGGGGCUGCACCUCUUUUCAAAUAAUUUUGUAUUCAUCGUUUGUUCUCAGCCUAUCAAUUAUAGCCACUUGGCACAAUUUUAUUUUCAGU